UUAACUUACUUUCCUUCAUCCUUAAGUUGCGCGCUCUCCCACACAAGAAUGGGUGGCUUCACUUUUGCACAGGGCCUCCUCAUCCUGAUUGUAACUGCUUCCAUGUUGGCAGUUAGUACGGCCAACAAGGGUUGGCAGUUCGGCUUUAACAACAAUUGGCCUUACAAAGGUCGCCACCAUCAUCCAAAAUACAGACAAGCCCCAAACAAGAUCAUUGUCGGGGGCUCCGAAGGCUGGCGCUUCAACUUUAGCUACACCAAUUGGGCUCUCAAAAAUGGCCCCUUUUACCUAAACGAUACUUUGGUUUUCAAGUAUGAUCCGCCAACAGACAAUACCAAAAUUCCUCACAAUGUAUACUUGCUACCAAACCACUGGAGCUUCUUAGCGUGCAAUCUUACAGGAGCCCAGAUUUUGGCCAACGAGACACAAGGUGGCGGGGAUGGCUUCGCGUUCGUGCUGAAAGAGUGGAAGCCUCACUACUUUGCUUGUGGUGAGCGCAAUGGGAUUCAUUGCGAUGUUGGACAGAUGAAGUUCUUUGUGAUUCCAAUGCCCCGUUGGUUUAGAUAAUUAAUACAGAAAUUAAGUCACAAGGGAAACCUAUAAAUAUUACUUUGCUCAUCUUUUUUUUUUUUUUUUUUUUCCUGGUAUUAAAUAAGAGUUAAUCCUUCCUUCUGAAUAUUGAGAUGAUAGUGAAUAAAUUAAAUGUACCUGCUGUGACUUGGUUUGGAUGUUAUAUAUA